CAUUCCAAAUUUUCGCAGAAUUGUCUGCAAGUAUAUUUCUAUAAAGUUAAAAGCAUAUUUAUUGCAUUAAGGAGUAAAAUGGGAGCAGCAUUCUUCCCUAUAUUAUUUUUCACAGCUGUGUGGGCAGGUGUUGGAGUAGCUUUACCCAUUAUGACACCAAAGGGCCCAAAUCAAGCCUUAAUUCGUUGUAUAUUAAUGAUAACAGCAGCAACUUGUUGGCUGUUCUGGUUGUGUUGCUAUAUGGCACAAAUGAAUCCAUUAAUUGGACCUAAACUAAAUCAGCAUACUAUAUACAUGAUAGGAAAGGAAUGGGGCAGUAAAAUAAAGGAUUGAAAGAAUGCAAUAUAUAUUUUGUUAUUAUAUAUUAAUGGAUGACUAAAACUAUAUUUGGUGGGAGUAUAUAUAAUUAUAGAAGUAUAAAACUAAUAAUUGAUAUCGUUAUUGUAUGUGUGUGUAAACAGACGU